AUGGGGUAUGGAGACGAGGUGAGUCCUCCCAUGAUGUAUGGACCAAGUAUGGUAACUCUAGGAUCUCCUAUCACCCUCUACUGCAACGUCUCUGCAUCUUCCAAUGACCAGACCAUCCGUUUGGAGUGGAGGUAUCCAGCGAAGGAGGAACAGGAGGAUGGAAACGAAACGGAUGGAAUAAAAAAAAGAAUCAGAACUGUUGAAUACAACAACGGGAUGUCUUUCACACGCCUGAUCGUGAGCAAUGUCACUUCCGGUGAUAAUGGAUCCUACUACUGUCGUGCUAUAACCACCAGCAGUAAAAUAGAAACUGUUCAUAAUGUCACCGUUCUUGAAAAGCAGGUGAAACUCACAUCCAAGAACGCAACUGGAUCUGUGAGUUUGGGAGGGAACAUAACAUGGGUGGUGGAGUUGGAGGUAGACGCCGAAGCCGAGCCAAAGCUCGUCUUCAAGCGCAACGAAAUGGAACUCACUCCAGGCGAUAAAUAUACAAUUGAGAAGGACUGGAAGGAGAAAAAAGUAGCAAGCAUUCAGAUAAAAAACAUCAGGGAGAACGACUACGGUCGCUACGACUUCGAAGCAAUCACCGGAUUGCAUCGUCGGACGAUCUCAUUCGAGCUCAGGAAAGUCAAGAGCGCUUCAAUAGCAGGUGCCCUUGGGGCAUCUGGCAUCACAGCCAUAUCUGCUGCAGCUAUUUCGGUCGUGGCUCUCAUAGCGGGCUCAAUUUCCUACUACCGAUUCAGAAAGGAGAAAGCCCGAAACAUCGCUUUGUCCAACGAGGAGACUGAGCGAUUCCUGAAAGGACAGCCAGAGAGCUUGAAUCCAGCAAUGGGGCUCAGCGAACAAGCACAUCUUCUCCCGUUUGAUGAGCAAUGGGACUUCCCACCAGAUAAGCUGAAACUUGGGGAUCUGGCGAUGAUCGUGGAAUAUUGCCCCUUUGGGAGUCUGGAUAAGUUUCUGAGGGCAAACAAAGAUGGCUUCGUCAAUCAGAUAGACCCUCACACAAAAAUUAUAAACGACAACAUUAGGAAACAGCAGCUUCCUACCGAAGAUUCUUCUUCUAAAGAAGCUGCAAUUGAAGCUAAGAGAGAGGGAACACAAGGGGUGAAGGAAUCGAGAAAUCCUCCGCCGGCUGAGAACGCCGUUCGGAAGUCCACAGAGGGAAGCGACCUCGCGAGACGAUUCACCACCAGCAAUCUCGCCUCUUGGGCCUACCAGAUAGCUCAAGGCAUGGAAUACUUGGUUUCCCGAAAGCUCUACCAGGAAAUGAACAAGCCAUACCAAGAAAAAAACGCCGAGUACUUCCAGACCAAGACGGACUACCUACAGAUGAUACCAGUUAAAUCAGAUGACGGAUACAUGCGACCCUUGAGAAGUCAGGAUGCAUACGGCGAAAAAUAUAACAUCACAGUCACACAUAAAUAUGUGAACUCGGAGAUUUCUGAACCGAAGGUCUACUACCUCCCGAUGACUGCAAGCAAGGUACAAGUUGACCUCCAGGAAAAAUAUGAAUCACAAGUCAAAAAUGAAAUUCCAGGGGCACAUGGAGUAGUCACUGAGGACCCAACUUUCCGGAACGAGCAGCACCGAGCCACUGGAUCUGAGUCAAGGUUUGUUGGGAGAUUGAAUGCAAUUGUCGAAGACCUCAGCCUUGAGCCCGAAAGAGAGCGGGGCUGCGACGAAACCGCACCGGAUCAUACAGCUGCCGUGUUGGAACCGGUUGCACCAGAAGUAGGCAGACCCCUACGUGUAGGAAUGUUGAUAAAGACAGACUCAUGA